AAUGCCACCAUAAUGGCCAAUUCCACCAUGGUGACAUAUUUCCUCCUCAUGAGCUUUGGUGAGGACUGGAAGCUCAGGCUCCUGCUCUCCAUGUUGUUCCUGAUGAUGUACCUGGCCACCCUGUUGGGGAAUCUCAUCAUCAUCACUGUCACCACCAUUGACCAGAACCUGCACACACCCAUGUACUUCUUCCUCAGAAACCUCUCUAUUUUGGACAUGUGCUACAUUUCUCUCACUGUUCCCAAUGCCUGUGUCAACUCUCUCACUGGCAACAGGGUCAUCUCUGUUGCUGGCUGUGCAACACAGAUUUUUCUGGUCAUUUAUUGUGCUUAUGUGGAAAUUCUGUUUUUGACUAUCAUGGCUCGGGAUCGCUAUGUGGCCAUUUGUCAGCCUCUCCACUACCCUGUCAUUGUGAACCACAAGUUUUGUGUACAGACCACUCUGGCUUCAAUACUCAGUGGUCUCAUCUAUGCUGCUGUACACACUGGCAACACAUUACGGCUGUCCUUCUGUCAGUCCAACAUGGUCCCUCAGUUCUUCUGUGAUAUCCCUUCUCUGCUGAGGCUGUCCUGCUCAGACACCUUCAGCAAUAAGCUCUUGCUGCUUCUGUCUGUCUUGGUGGUUGGAGGUAGCUGUUUUGUCUUCAUGGCUUUGUCAUACAUUAGAAUCUUUUCUACUGUGUUCAAAUUACCAACUAGAGAACAAGGAAAAGCCUUUUCUACCUGCACACCUCACAUCCUUGUGGUAACUGUUUUCCUCAGUUCCAUCUCCUGUGUCUACCUAAGGCCUUCGGUAGCCUCUGAAACACUCCAGGACAUCAUCCUUUCCAUCUUCUAUACCGUCAUUCCACCAUUCUCAAAUCCCAUCAUCUACAGUCUUAGGAAUAAGCAGGUAAAGGAAUCUGUAAAGAAAGUGAUAUUGAGACAGUUACAUUUAAGAAAAUAG